CAGUAUGCGGAGAGAAUGUAAAAGGCAGGCACAGAGAGGUGUUGCAUGGUUGAGAGGGUGUACGCUGUGGCUAAAAUGGCAUAACUGAGGAACAUUUUUCCAACAAGAGGAUGUGCGCUGCGCCGAGUUGGCUAGUUAUUGUUGUAGUACUUUUUGGUGCUGGCGGUUAUUGUACAGCCAUGAAUGGCAUGAAAAGAAAUUGGGGAAAAGUGCGUGCAAAGAAAACGCUGAAUUAUGGAAAAGCUUAGAAAAUGUGCGAAAAAUGCAAAAUAAAAACAAAAUAAUUAUGUGAAAACAGUGCAAAGUUGCAAGGAUAUAUUUAUGCAAUGAAAUUUAUUGGAAUUUAGUGAAAAUUACGGCAAAGUAAGCGUGAAAGAAAGUGCGGGUGUGCCACCCAGGUUGGGUGUAUGAGCGGUGAGCCGCCAAACUGGCGUUGCUUAAAUAGAAAUACACGAAAAAGGUGCAAGGCGAGUGUGCGCCAAGUGUGUGAAGUGGCUAAAGUGAGCUUAAAGACGUUGAAAAAUUGUUUAAUUGAUGAAGAAAGCAUAUAAGUAUUAACAAUUUUCUAAAAAAAAAAGAUUUUGCUUUUUCUACACUUUUUGGCUACAUAUAGCUGUCAAAACUCCAGCGAGUGACACUUUCUUGGCGCAUAAAGUAGUGCUCCCAUUCUCGCGCAACGCUUUUUAAUCGAGAUAUUCGCUAACUGUACUUUGUAGUUGUGCUACUCUAAUUUAGACAAGUUGGCAACCGUGUGCGAAAAAUAACGAGUUAUAGCAGUGAAAAAAUCUAAUCAAUAAGGAGUAAAAAAAUAAGCGACUACCGAGCUCAGCUAGAAAUAUUGCGGUGGUGUAACGAGUGCGCUCACACCAAAACCAAAUAUGCGAGCAGGCGCACUAAUUGUCAAUGCUUGCGCUCUCAUACUAUGCUUUGCGCUCUCGCACUAUUUUGCGCUCGCCGUGGGCGCGUGUCCAUAGUGACAGCGUUUUCUGCUAUAACUUCAGUUGAGUAACGGUUAUUGGUGCUGUUUGUGAGUUAGCCAGUGGCAGCCUAGUAAGUAGCACAUUUUAACGGUAUUUGCCAGUUUCACUACGGUACCGUGAUUCGCAUUCGUAUUCGUUGCUUGAUCGCUCCGGUGUGCUGUUCUCAACGACGCGCGUUGGGUAACGGUUGUGUGUGAAAUAAAGCGACGCGUUUACAAAUUUCCAAGAAUUUGUGUGGAAUUAUUAAAAAAUUAAAUUUUACAAAAUGGCUCAAAAAGUGAAGUGGAAGCAAAAAUGUUACUAGAAUAUUUUCUAUAACAAAGAAAUCAAUUACCUUUUAAAGUUACGGAUUAUAAGCGGGUUCCAUGCUGCAUGAUUUAACAAUUUGUGUGCAUAAAAUUCUAAGUUAACUGUAGUGAGUGCUUAAAGCUGGUUAAAAAGCUGAAAGUUUAGCGCUUGAAGUUGAUAAAAAAAUGUUUAAAGUGAAAAUUUCUAAAGUGAUUUAUUGAAAUCUUUAUUUUUGUGUUCGAAAAUUUGGAUAAAAGUGUGUAAAUAACUGCUAAUAAAUAUAAAAAAAUGUGACGCGCCUGAAAGUGUGCUAAAUUCAUAAAACCCUGUUUUGAUAUACUUUAGGCGCUUAAAAGGCAAUUGAGGAUUUUCUGCUGAAAAUAAACUAUACAACGCGACUGAAACUAUGCAAAUUAUUUUUGGGCUAAAGCCAUAUUUUAAGGUAAUUAAGACUAGGCGCCUGAAAGUCUACUACAUAGCGGUUUAAUUUGUGCAAGUAACUGCUGCUGAUUAAAAAUGUCGCAACGCGCCUGAAAUAUUUCUUGAAACUAACGCUUUUUUUUUAAGUACUUAGGGCUAGGCGCCUAAAAUCUUGCUACAUAGGCCUUUAAAAGUGUACAUCCAACGCUAGUAAAGGACCCAAACGCAAAAGGUUUAACAACCAACAGUCAAGGAAGCAUAAAUAGUGAACAUUCAAUAAAAAAAACUGAAAAUAAGCAAACUUAUUACGGUCAGCAGUGAGCGCCAGAGAAGCAUAUUUUCUCACCCACACAAAACCGUUCGCCGAUGGAAAUUGAUGAGAAUUUCCGAGUAGCAAUGCGAUUGCCGCCAGCUUCUGCAAGUGUCAUUGCAAUUAAAAGCGCCUAAUUGCGCUAAAAUGAUGCAGCAAGCAACAACAACAAUAACAUUAACAACAAUUUCAGUGGGUGUGUCAGAGGAGUAGUGUAAAAACACAAAGUAGAAAAUAGCAAAUGCAAUUUAAAGUGACUAAAAAGGUGCAAAACACAACAAAAAACGAAGGACUUACAUAAACGAAGCAAGAAGAAGAAGACGACGAAGUAGAGGAAGAAAUAGAAGUAGAAAAAGGAGUGUAGUCAAAUCAGCCAGCUUGGCCGCCAGUUGAGCUGUAAAAACGGCGCUGCAGACGUGUAGACGCCAUGUUGCGGCCGACAUCGUGUGGACCGGGGCCACCGUUGCCGCCACCACCUCCGCCACCGCCGCCAACGCUAUCAACUGCGGGCGGCCGCAUCAACAACAAGCGUUCACGGCUUGCGGGCAAAUGUGUUGAAACGGUGGCGCAAAAACAGCUAAAGUCAAUAGUUGUUGUGGCCGAAAGUGUGGCAGAGUCAAAAGCGAAAAUCGCAACAACAACAAGUAGUCGAGUCGAAGCAGCUGCCGAGCGCUUGGCUGCCCGUACUGCGGCUGAGCGAACUGAAGGAUUGCAGUCGGCCAAAGCUGAUGAUGAUUUUUGCAUACCAACAACAACAACAGUUUUGGAUUGCCCAACAACAAAUUCAACCAAAGCGUAUACUACUGUAAUUGCUGAGAGCGCCAAACAAAACAAAAACAAUAACAAUUGGUCAAUUUUCAAAUUACCCAUGCUGCUGGCAACUGCCUGGGCAGCAACAACAACAACACUAACAGCGGCCGUCGCAAAAACCGACUUUGAAAGAAAAAGCGUUGCGAAGCAAGUAAAAAAUGAGACGGCAACAGUUGGCGUUGUGAACACAACAACAGAAGCAGCAGCAAAAACAACAAAAAUCCAUGCAAAUGCUAAUUCGGAGCGUUCAACAACAAUGGCAACAACAGCGCCAUCCAUAAAAUGGCUGCUUAUGUGGCUAAUGCUUUUCGGCGUAAUGGCCCAGGCGCCCCAACAUCAAGUCGCUGCCGAGAAGAGCAAACACUAUUAUAUGCAAGCUCUGUGCAAGAAUCACUUUCUGCAGCAGCUUUAUCGCAAAAUCGACGGUGCUGUACUUUGGUCGCAGAACGAACGGAAUCUGGAUUGCAUCAUAACAUUCCAAACGCAUUCGAUAUUGCAACGUUUCAUGUUGCGCUUCGAUAUGUUGCAACUAGAUUGUAAUGAUCAUUUGUAUGUGUAUGAUGGAGCGCACGCUGUUUCCACACCGAAGGUUGAUAUCUCCUGCCGCAAUACCAAACAAACGGUCAGCUCUAUAUUGACGCGCACAAACUUUGUCACACUCAAAUAUGUCACCGACAAUUGGGGUACAGAUGCGAAUGGUUUCAAGCUGGUCAUAACAUCGGUGAAGGAUCCAAAACACACCUGCAAUGAUUUCACCUGUGCAGCUCGUGAAUUUUGCAUAAGUCCGGAUUUACUCUGCGAUGGCAUUAAUCAUUGUGGUGACAAUUCUGAUGAAUCGGUGUGCCAAAGCGAAACAGCUGCUACGGUCUUCGGUGUCGACAUGACCUGGUUCGUGCUGAUCGUGGUUGGAAUAGUGCUGGUUUUAAGCGCCGUUAUUGUCGGUAUUUCGAUAUGCGUUUGCAGGCGGCAGGAAGAGUCAAAUCUCAACCAGAAUACCGCAAUACAAAUGCGUCACACCGCCGAAACGAAUGGCUCAUCGAAGCAUUUACAUUAUCAUCAUGGCGGCACAUUGUCGCGCGAACACACACAACUGCCACCGACGUCGGGAAACUGGCAUCACCCUGCGGGACCUUACGGGUACCACCGCAUUCUACGCAACUUAUCGAAGAUGGCCACCAAAGUCCGUCCCAUUUGGUGCUUAGCAAAUUCCGUCAAUUAGGUCAAGAUCUUUCACAUACAAAUCCGGCCGCUGCCGCCGCCGCCGCUACGGCGGGACUCAAUCAAACGAACAUUUCUGUGGCUAAUCAAAAUGCCGCCGCCGCCGCAGCAGCUGCGGCAGCUGUUGGUGCUGCACAGAAGGAUGAAUGGUUCGUUUAGGUAGAGACCGAGGUUCGAGGCUGAGCAAAAGCUUAGCUUAAGUGAAGUGAUCAAUUAGACUACAGGAAGAUGUUUUACUUAACAUUUUUUUAAUUAAAACAAGGAUUUUGCAUGGCAUUAAAUGAAGACUGUACAAAAUUUAACAACAACAAAUUUAGUGGACAUCUACGCGCAGGGUGAUCGUUAAGAGAUUUAUAGUACCCAAAUCUCUUGGCGUUGAGCACGAAAAUUCUCAGCAUGUACUUUGCAAAAGCAUGACAGAAUUUUUUUGUCGGAUAAUCAACGCAACUUGUAUAUAAAUUAUAAAUAAAUAAUUAAUUAAAAUUAAUGUAAUUGUAAUUGAUUAAAAUUGAAGGAAAUUAUUUUUAAUUAUUAAUGAUUACUGAUAUUAAAGUGUGUAACAGUAAAAAUAUUAGCAAAAAAUGUGUAAUAACAAAUAUAGAAAACACUUAAGUAAAAAAGAAUUGUAAUUUUAAGCCUAAAAUAUAAAAUUGUAACAAAAAGUAAAAACUCUUACGGUAAAUAGCUAAGCAGUUAGUGUUAGCCUAAGGUAUGUAUGCUCCUUUUUUUACAAACAACCAUUGAAUUAAGCGAGUAAACAAAAUAAUGAAAUUUAUAAAGAGAAAAUGUAAAAUUUUUUGAAAUAGAACUUCUUUUAUAUUAAAAUUUUAAUAAAAGGAAACGAUACAUAUAUACAUAUAUUUGAAAUACAAGUUUAAAUAUAAAUGAGUUUUCCAGCUUAAAUCAAUAAAGAGUUAUAGAUGAUUUUCCACUUCAAUUACUUUUCUUGUAUUUUUAUAUUUCUUUUCCUUGAAUGCUUUGUUAACAACAUAACUAUUACUGUAAAGAAUAGAGUAAAAAAGAAAAAUACUGAUAACGAGUUUUCACAAAAGAUUUGGUAGCUUUUGUGGAUUGAUGUCUGCGAUAAUCACUACAAAUAAAAAUUUCUAUGCAUUCAAAUUUUAAAGCUUUCACAUAUUUUGUUUGAAUGCUGUUAUAAAAAAUUGUUUAUAACUCAAAGUUUAUAUAUUCUAGCAUGUGAAAUGAUGAGCUUUCCAUUGUUCCCAUUUAUACAAGUUGGAAUUAUGAAAGCUUUCACUAUCAAAAGCUCACUUCUAGAAGCUUUCGUAAAGAAUUUGAAAUUGUGAAAGCUUUAAAUUUCAAAACUCGCUUAUAAAAGCUUUCGUAUUUUAUAGAAAGCAGUUGAAACUCAUAAAAGCUGCCAAAUACAUGGAAACCGUUAUUACAAGAACAUAAUGUGUAUCUAAAAGGCAUCUAAACUCAAAGGAAACUGUUAAAAUGAGACUUUUUACACUGACAACAAAAACUGUAGAACUGCAACGCCUAGUAAUAGGCAAUAUUCCAAUACAAAUGUAUCCCAUAGUAUUACAAGUCAAUGUCAACGGCAAAUGACAUACCUAAAAAGUCACUUCCAAAAUGGGAAAUUAAAGUUUUUAGACGUAAAACAAAAAGAAAAAAAUACAACAGAAAUGCAAAACUGUGAAAUGAACGCACUUUGUGUGUAUAAAGCAGGGCAGUGCAAUAAUAAAUUAAAGCGUGGUCGUAAAAUACAGAUUGAUUUUAAUAAACAAAAUCGAUUAUAAUAAACAAAUUCUUAGCGAGAAAAAUUCCAUAACAGCUAUUAGUUAUUUUGAAAAAAUAUAUUAAAGUAAAUAGUGCAAAACUCAGAAAUCCAUUAACAGUAGUAAAAUAAUGAGAAACUAAAGCCAUAUAAAGCAAGAAACCAGAACUCAAUUAAAUAUAUUAAUAAAAAACAACAACAACAAACAAGGGAUGUAAAUAGUUGACAAUACAGCAUAUUAUAAAUCGCAAAAAUAACACUUACUUAAAAAUACAUAAUAAUAUUAAAGGAUAAUUGAUGAUAUUGAAAGGCAGUUACAAAAACAAAAUUAUUAGAAUUUUCAUUAAAAAGCAGUCAUUGAGAAUUUCAAAAAUUUUGGUUAUAGAACAUUGAAUUCAUUCAAGCAUUCAUAAUUUAUUCAAAGAUGCGUAAUUAGUUCAUAGCUCAUCAACUUAAAACUUUAAAGGCAUGAUUUUUUCUUUCUUCGACAAAAAUUGUUUAAUGAAAAUAAUAUUUUGUAAAGUCAUUUCACAAUUCAUGAUUAAACAUCACAUAAUGAGUGGAGCUGAAAUUUCGCAAUUCAUGAAAAAUAACAUAAAAUGAUGAAUUAUAAGAGAUUUUGCGAUUAUAGCACAUCAUAUCAUAAAACAUCACAUGAUUAUAUAUCACGUGAUACAUCAGCGCAUGCUUAAAAAUCAUAUGCAGUAAGUCAUAAAAAAGAGAAAAGCAGUUUAGGCAAGCAGAAUAGACUAGAGGGGCUAGUAGUGCAACAUCGCUUGAAAAAAUCACGUUUUCCCAGUCACCAAUAAAUAUCACAAGAUUCGUAGUAGCGUCACAGAGAUGCAUUUAAAAUAGGAAAGUUCGUAUUUUUUUAAAUACUACAUAAAAACUCAGAAUUUGUAUAGCUUUUGAGAUUUCAAAUAUAUCACAUCAUGAGAAAUCACUUGAUCAGAAAUCGUAUGUUGAUCACAUCUUCCACAGAUUUUUAAAAAUUUUGUAUUAUAUCUGCCAUAAUUGUAAUAAAAACACUUAAUAUGUCAACACUUCAAAAAAUAUAGCUAGAUGAAGUAAGAUAUCAAAUAACAUACGGUUAUGAGAAAAGUUUCGAUUUUGAUGGUUUUAUGAUCACACAUUUAUACAUCACAUAAUCAAGCAUCGCGCGAUCAGGAAUCACAUGUAUACACAUCAUGUAAAAAUGCAAAGGAGUUAUCUUAGCCAGUCAAAUAUUAUUAUCAUUCAUACAAAACGUCAUAACAUUUAGUAACAUCAUCAUAUUUCCGCAGCUCUCGGCAGCUUAAAUUGGCGGCAAAUUGUCAUUUAUAUAAUACGUAUAUUUUAAUAUGUUGUUAUUAUAGAUUGGGCCCAUUAUAGCAAGCAAAACAUUAUAUUUUUAUUAAUAUUUCAAAAUUGCAAGUGAGAUAGGCACUUUUCCUUCCGCUGCUCAUAUUUAAGCAAUUCUAGCUCAUUAUUGUACCAUAUUGUUUGCACUAGCAACUCUAAGCAUAUCACCUCACACAAUAGUCACAUCACCUGUACAUCAAUAUCACUUAUUAUAUACGGAAAUAUAUCCAGAUAUAUGAAAAGCAUUAACAACAUAUCAUUUUCAUAUUAUUUGAUUGUCAUAUUAUGUUAUUUCAUAUCAUCAAUACAAUUUUUUUUCACAAAAAAAAAACAAAACUCCUCGUCACAUCACUUGUAUAUUCAAAACGCUCCAAAACAAUUUAGAAAAUAAUCACUACAAACGCCAUAAAAUCAUUAAAAAAUAAAAUCAUCAAAAAUAUUUGUAAACUAACUACAUCGUACAUACCGUUACCACAUACGACAACUUCAAUUCCAACACAUUAGUAACUCCGUAGCGAACCAAUCAUACUAAGUACUUGCAAUCAAGUCCAAUCAGUCACGUCAACACCACUAAAAUAAGCAAAGGGAAAUAUGAGACACAAAUGACAAUACGAAUUCUGUUUUUAUUUUUGAUUUUAUACAAGAAAGCGUAAGCAAAAUAAAGAAAUUUAAAAAUUGUUCUGAGAACGAGAUAAACUAGACAAAUGAUGUGGCCACAUCCAAAGAAAUAUAUAUAAUAAAUAAAAUAAACUAAAAAACACGCUCUUCAAAACAAGCGAAAUAAAAAAUUCCACACUAAACUAUUUUCUACUAAGAACUUAUAUAAUUACUAAACAAUAUGCAUACAAAUAUUUUAAAUAAAAAAUAAUUAAAAGCUCAUAAAAGAGAGUAGUUGAAAAUAAACUUGAUGAAAAUCCAAAAAAAAUAUACUGGCUAAAGCUUCACAUUUAUUGGGAAAGUAAAGAAAAUAUUAUAAAAGUAUUAUUAACUAAAAGCAAAAACAAUAAAGUUGCCACUUAGGCGCAAAAAAAUAUUCAAACAAACAUACAAAUGAAUCAACUCAAAUUUUUUGCGAUUAAAGCUUAAACGUUAGUACUUCCCGCCGUUUGAACAUUUUUUGUGAAAACAAAAACAUAAUUAAAAUACAAAAAAUAUAUUUCAAGUGAAUUUACCUACAAAAAAAUAAACACUCAAAUAACAGUACAUAGCGUUAGUUGAAAAGGCGCACACAUUUUAAAAACUUUCUUUAACUCUUUAGAUUUCUUUCGGUAAUUUAGAUGACUUACAAUAUAAAAUUUAUUAAAAGUAAUAUAAAGAAAAAAUAAAAUAAUAUAAACUAAAA